GAGUCGCGUGGCAGUACUGUCCAAAAUGGCCAACAGAAAAAUUCUGUUAGGUCUGUUACUUUUAUUAUUUGCUGUUAAUGCUAUUGAGUGUAAAGGUGGCAGAGGCGGUAGCCGAGGUGGAAGUCGAGGUGGAAGUAGUCAUAGCAGUUGGGGUGGUGGAUGGAGCUCGCAUAGCUCCAGUAGUUAUAGUAAACCUUCCUGGUCAUCCGGAAGCUCAAGUUCCUGGUCAUCUGGAAGCUCAAGCGGUUACAAACCUUCAUGGAGUAGUAGUUCGUCUGGACAUAGUUAUCCCUCAUCAUCCUCAGGACUUUCUGGGUCAGGAUGGAAACCUAGUCACUCAUCAUCAUCCAGUUACGGGUAUCCAUCAUCAUCUUCUGGCCUAUCCGGUUCAGGAUCAAGUAGUUACGGAUAUCCAUCUUCAUCGUCAGGAUUAUCAGGUUAUGGAUCAGGAAAGAGUACUUAUCCAUCUUCAUCGUCAGGAUUAUCAGGUUAUGGAUCAGGAAAGAGUAAUUAUCCAUCUUCAUCGUCAGGAUUAUCAGGUUAUGGAUCAGGAAAGAGUACUUAUCCUUCUUCAUCGUCAGGGUUAUCUGGUUAUGGAUCAGGAAAGAGCAGUUAUCCUUCCUCAUCAACAGGAUUGUCCGGUUCUGGAUCAGGAAAGAGCAGUUAUCCUUCCUCAUCAACAGGAUUGUCCGGUUCUGGAUCAGGAAAGAGCAAUUAUCCCUCUUCAUCUUCAUCAGGAUCUUAUGAUUUCGGAUGGGGAGUCCGACAUCCAUCAUCUGGGAAAAGUAAUUAUCCAUCAACAUCAUAUGGAAAUGGAAAAAGCCAUUAUACACCAUCAUCAACUGGUCAAUCUUAUGGCAACGGAUAUUAUAAAACGUAUAAUACACCAACUUAUUAUUCAGCACCACAACAUGUUUAUAUUACCCAGUAUAGACAAUCAGACAGUCGUUAUGGGGACUUGUUGACAGGAUUGACUUUAUAUAAUUUAGGUCGAUCUCAUAGUCAUCAUCACGACCAUUAUUACUAUGAUGAUUUUUAUAGUAGAAGAUAUUACAACACCUACAACAGUUACAGCACGCCACAAGAAACGGCUACGUGCAGAUUGAAAAUAAAAGACCGCUACGAUACCGAGACAUUAAACAUUCCAUGUGAAAUAGUGUCUACUUUUACAGAAGGUAGUAAACCUGUUACUGAAAAUAACACUGUUGACACGAUUGUAUGUGUCAAUAAAACAAUCACAGUAAAAGACAACUCAUCAAUUGUUUUGACAAACCCGAAUUCUACAGUAUCAACGAACAAUUCCAAUGAGAAUGUCCAAAAUGUUACUAUAACCACUGAAGCGUCAUUGUCAGUGAAACCUAUAGUGCUUAAUAAUAUAACAGUAUCAAACUCUACGUCUAUUAACAGUAACCAAACAACAAAUUUAACAGUUACUAGUGAAAAAUCUACAUCAGUGAAUUCGACUGUUGUUACUAGUAACCUGCCUGUUGGUAAUAAUAUUUCAAAAUCGAAUAUCACAACAGAAGGAAAUUCUAAGGUGAUAGUUAGUAUUAAUUGUACAAAAACAGUGAAAUCACUUGAUCCUCUCACAGUAAAAGGUCCGACGGUCGAUCCUUCUGGUAAGGAAUGUAUUGUAGAAAUACAAACGAAAGAGACCUUAUUACAUCAUAAAAUUGACUGCAGUACUUUAAUGAAAUAUGCUAAAAUGCCGGAGCCUAAGAAACAAGACAGCAGUCUGAUGCCUUCAAGAGACAAACUAAAGUCUUGGGCCUCAAAUCCACCGUGGUGGAUGUCUUUAUUCAUAGCAAUUUAAAAAUAGUAACGCCAGUACUGUUUAUGAAGUGUUACCAAAGAUUAAACAAUAAUGUUUUUGUGGUUUCCUGUUGCCAAAGUUUUUUUUAUCCGGAUUUGUGUUAACACUUAAUGACAUAAUUAAGGAAGUAAUAACUAAAUAACUAUAUUAAUUGGAUACGAUUAGAGAAAUACAAUAUGUUAUUAUUUCCUAUUGCAUUAGUUGUUAUCUGUUACACAUUAUACACUUGUUAAUUAUUUUUUGACUUGCAAUGUUUGAAUUUUUUGUACGGCAAUAAAAAAAAUUAUAUACUUAUUUACAAUUUUGUUCACGAAAGAACCAUGUUACUAAUUUAUGGGUAAUUUAUCUCUUACAUAAUGCACUCAAUUAAUUAUAAGAAGUAAAUAAAUUAAUUUUUUAGCAUAG